ACCUUUUUCCAGUCUUCCCCUCUUCCCUACCCCCCAUCUCAUUCUCUCCUUCUCCAUAGAAACAAAGAAGAACCCAAAAUCCAAGACAGACAGACAGAGAGCCCUUCCAGAAGAUUCAAUUCCCAGCAGAACCAGCCAAAAACUGAUCAAAGGAAGAAGAGGAAGCAGAGCUUCUCCUUCUUCUUCUUGUUGUUGAGAUCAUUUGACUGACAGACAGAGAGACGGACAUAGACAGAGAAUGUGUUUGGUGUGUGGUUGUGAAGAGGAAGAGCGGGAGAUCGGAAGGCAGCAAGCUUCGGGGGCAUGCCCUCACUGCGGCGGCAAGGUCCAGGCGGUGGACGUGGAGACCCACUGGCGGUUCUGCUUCCUCCCCGUCUGCUUCUCCUUCAAGCGCAAGUACUACUGCUCCCUCUGCUCCAAGCGCCUCGUCCUCUACCAGUAGCCGCCCCGCUCCCCGCCCGGUAAAUCAUCGAGGAACCCCGAUCACAUGAACCGACGAAAACCGGGUCCGAGUCGGGUAAUUCAAUCGAUUUCGUUUCUUCACUACCUGAUCGAUCUCAAAUCUGCCGCGGGAAAGCAAUCUAGCUAAAGCUUUAGCCUUGUAAUUAGUGAACGAUGACUCGAAAGGUCGAGCAAUCUCUUUUUUCCCCUUCUGUUUCUUAUUGUUGGAUCGUAAAAUGUCCGACAAGGAUGAAUCAUGGCUGGUACGCACUUUGGGUCUCUGUCAUGAGCUGGUCUUCUCCUUCUCUAGAAUUCUGGGUCUUUCCAUAUAAAUCGAAUGGGAUCGCGACUGUCCACGAUGAUCUUUUAUUACUAUUUUCUUUUUUUCGAUUAUAAAGAAGGCCGGAGCUGAGAGCCUGAGUAUUGACAAAAGUAACGGAAAUUCUCCAUUGACGAGAAUCGAAUUGAAAUCUCUUAAUUCA